GUGAUGGGACGAAGCAUACCUCAAAAGAUAUUCCAAGUUUUUCUUCUAUACGUGUUUGUCUGUGAAUUUCACAGUGAAUUGAAUCUGAAAAUGGUCAAGGGAGUGGCAAAGGCAAUGUCGGUUGUGAUCAUAGCCACCGUAGUCAUGGCCAUGGCGGGUGCGGCGGCGCGUGCUCAGAAGGUGCCGUGUUACUUCGUGUUCGGAGACUCCUUCUCGGACAGCGGCAAUAACAAUAACUUGCUAAACCAAAUAAGAGUCAACUAUCUACCUUACGGUAUUGACUUUCCCAAGGGCCCGACCGGCCGGUACACCAACGGCCGCACUAUUCCCGAUUUCCUUGCUGAAUUUAUGGGUUUCACGGAUUAUAUCCCGCCAUUCGCCGAAAUAUCUCAGACUCAAGUGUCUUCCGGCGUAAAUUAUGCGUCUGGAGGAUCCGGAAUCCUCGACGAAUCCGGCAAACAAGCGGGCGAUAACAUCGAGUUUAAUAGACAGAUACAAAAUCAUUUGACGGCGAUAACGUGGGCCUCCGUACCGAAGCAACGAUUGAAUCAGUGUUUGUACACGGUGUACAUCGGAACCAACGAUUACCUGAACAACUACUUCAUGUCGCCGCCGUUCCAGUCCGGUCUCCUCUUCACUCCCGACGAGUUCGCCGACAUUCUCAUCGCACGAUACGCUUCUCACUUGAAGGUUUUGUAUGUCCUCGGAGCAAGGAAAGUCGCACUGUUUGGACUAUCGAAACUCGGUUGCAUUCCAACGAGAGUCGCCACCCGAGGUGGCUGUGACGAGGAUGUUAAUGCAGCAGUCGAGCUAUUCAACAGCAGGCUCAGAGCUCUGGUCGACGAUCUCAACCAAAGCCUCGUCGGUGCCAAAUUCACUUACGUCGAUAUGUUCAACACUCCAAUUCCCGCCUCCUUAGGGUUGAGGAACGAGAGUUGUUGCACGACCCAACCGCCACAGGGUCUAUGUGUACCGAACCAACCGGUUCUUGAAGAUCGGUCCAAAUGCGCGUAUUGGGAUGGCGUCCACGAUACAGAGAUCGUAAACUUAGUCGUGGCAGAGUCUGCCUUCACCGGCCAAACCGCUUCUCCGUACAGUAUUGCCACACUCACCGGCCAAACCGCUUCUCCGUACAGUAUAUGAAGAACGUGAAAUAAUGGACUGUAACAUAUAACUAAAAUGCAAAAGCUAUGAUAUUAUAUAUAUUAAAAGUCCAGAGUAGACCGUACUGUAAUAAAAUGCUAUUUAUGGAUAAUAAAGGUAUGACUUCGACUCUUAAUA